AGUCAACUUGAGCACAAGCCGGCGGCGGGCGCGCGGCUCUACGCCAGGGUAGACGCUCACCGACCGCCAUGUGGCUAGCACAGAUGGUGACAUGUUUACUGAUAACAAGCAAAAUAACAAGUAGCCAUGAAACAUCAAAUUCAACUGAGCAUCCUAAGGCCUACCAGUUCAGUUACACUGUAAAUAAUGAAGAAAAUGGGGAUUUCAAGACACAUCAAGAAACAAAUGAUGGCAAGCAAGUCCGGGGUAUGUACUCAGUAGGUGAACCAAAUGGAGACUUGCGAGUAGUAACUUACACUGCAGAUAGUGCUCAUGGAUUCCAAGCGGUAGUUCAGGUGCAUCCUGCUGGGUCACCUGCUUCCUUGACUUCCAGUGAGCAUAAACUCUAUUCUUCAGGUAAUUCUCAUAACAAGACAAACGCAAACAUUGAGAACGACUUCCGAGUAGUAAUACCACCCCCCUCUUCAAAUGAAACUGCUAAUGAAAACCAUAGCCAAAUCAUGCAAAGACUUUCAGAAGAAAACAAGGAAAAAUCAAAACUGGAAUUUCGAAAUAUUACAACAGAAUCUAAUCAUGAUACUCCAGAGAGCAUGAGUCAGCCUACCAAUGAGGAUGGUAAAGAAAUAAUGACACUAUUAAAAGAAUUACCUCCAGCUACCAAUAAACAAGUCCCAAAAAUAGAGUAUAUUUUUGAAGAUGAUCAAGAAGAAGGUUUUGUAGGAGAUCCUACUCUCUACAGAAAUUCACAGGAUAAUCCAUCUGAGGGACCUCAAAUUAUACCAGUUAAAAUACAGGAAGAUCCUUUGGUUAUUAAAACUGAUGUAGAACCAGAAUCAAAUAUUGAUAUGAGCACAUACAGUCCAAUUUUAUCAAGUGAUGAUGACAUUGUCACAAUGACUUAUGAAGGCAACCAGAAUGAACAAAUUACUUUUGAUUAUUCAAAUGUGCAAAUUUCAAAUGAAAACAAACAGCAAGUUCAUCCACCACAGAAUACAGAUGACAAAGAGUUAAAUAAAAGUUCAGUUAGUAAAGAAAGUAGCAGUUCUAUAUUAAACUCCAAACUGCAAGAACACAUUAAUUCAAACAACUCCAAUAAUAUACAAAACUCCAGUGAUCAACAAAACGCAAGCACUGAUAUAAGUCCCACUGAAGACUACAAAUCUUCGGAGGACUACACAACUACAGAAAUAAUAAACAACUUAAAAAUUGAAAUUCCUAAUCAUAAGUUCAUUGAAUUAUCGAAUACUUUCAGUUCAAAUAAAUUUUCGAUCCAGGACAAUUUUGGGAAACAACAGACUGUUACAGUUAAAACUGACCACAUUGAAAAAGUUAACAGCACAAGUAAUUCAAACUCCUCAAAUUCCAGCUCUUCUGGGAAAACUCCCAAUUUGAAGCUAAGAGACAGUGUAAUGCUGGCUGCAUUAGUCAAUCCCCAUCCCACACUAUUACAAUUUUCUUGUUUACCUGAAACAACUGAAAAACAAAUUGUGAAAACGGUACCAACUGUGCCUAGUAUUAUGCCUGUAGCAACGGUGACAAAUCAACACCAAAAUAUUCAACAGCAUAGAUUAGUUUUAACAACAGGUAUUCCGUUUUAUCCACUUCAAAUAAUAAAUUAUAACCCAGUGCAGAACCCUGAAUCAUCUCCAGGAACAAAAAUUAAAUUCUCAUCUCAAAUUCCAGUCUUUUCCUUAGGUGCUCAAGCACCAGGUGUUGUGACAUCAUUUACAGACGAAUCAAAAACAACAAUACCAACACAAAUCACCCACUCUGAUGUCUUAGUCCCAGGAAACAAACUUAUGAUGCAAAGUCCACAGCAACCACUGCCACUUUCAACAUACACUAGAGUGAGAGAUGAGGGAACCCUCCCCAACAGUCACUACCCUCAUCACCUCAUCCCCUUCCCUUGGAUACACCCCAAUCCUCAUAGAUCCAACCACAUCACUCACAACAAAAGGUUUCCUAUAUUUGUUCUUCCAAUGUCGCACAAUUUUAAUUUUGCUCCCACUUUCGAUCCAGCAAUGCCUGAUAAUCAUAAUCACUAAUCCAUUUCAAUUCUGCCUCAAAACCUCAAAAGCAAUAUGAAUAUAUUCAUAGGGAUUGUAUACUAGAAUAUUGUUAUAUUACAAUAAUAAUGAUGGUUGUAAAAUCAAUAAAACACCAUCUAAAGAUACACAAAAUUAAUUUAUUACCAUUGCCUUUUUUGUCAUUUUCCUUUAAAGAUCGUAACGGAGCAAAACUUUUUUCCACAAAUAUCAUCAAAGAUUAACUUGCUUGUUAUUUCAAAACAGCUUAAAUCAUCAAGCAUUAGCGACCCAUAGUUUACUUUUACCAAAUGUUUAAACAGGUUGAGAUAUUCUUUUAUUGGUUCUAAAUUAACUUUGACCUGAAAAAUCCAAAAUGAAGAAAAAUAUUUUUCCUAUAAUUUAUGCCAAAAUCUUUCUUUAUAUUGUCUUUCAAAUAAUGUAUCACAAAAUGAAGUUGCUUUAUGAAAAUAUUGAGUUGGCAUGCACCCUACGAUGCCUUUGAGGAAUCACCUAUUGUUUUGAUGUGUAUAUCAUUUUUAUUUUCAAUUAUCUGGAUAUAUCCAAAGUAAGAUAUCCUCUUUAACAGUAAGAUAUUAGUGGUAAAUACAUUAUUUAAAAAGUGAUUAUAUUUAACUGGCAUUGAUAACAAAUUUAAUGUUGUUAAAUAUCAGUAAAAUGUUUGUUAUUGUUAUAAUGGUCAUCUCACUAUCUUGUUGUUGUCAGCAUAUAUUUUGGUGUAAGAUUUUUGUAAACCUGUUUGUUUUUUUGGAAUGAUAAUGGACAAGCCGAUCCUCUUUAAGCCUUAUUCUGUCCGUCCUCAUGAGCCACUGGCCUGUGCGAGGAUCUUAUCAAAUAGAAUAAGGGAAGGCGUUGAUACUGUACAAAGUCAAUUAUACUGAUAAAAAGUGCUUUAGCCACAGACAGAAUUUGAACCUGUGCUAUCUCUAAGUCAGACCAACGUCUUAAAACGCUCAGCCAUAGGCACUCCUGAGUGCAUAAAAAUCUAAUACAAAAUAUUGGUUUGCCAUUUCUGCUCGCCCACUUCGACAAAAUGCAAAAUAAUGGGAUUUUGUCUUCUACUUUUGAUAUGGAAUAUUUCGUUCAAGAAAAAGGUUGGCAACAUCACUGCGUUUAGAAUUUCCUUCUCAACAAGAGCAUCUGCUUCAAACAUCUGUUUAUUACUCUCCGGUCUGAAAAGACAUCCAUUGUAAACACUUUAGCAGCAUUCUUUAAUGUCAAUUAGUUCUGACUAGUCACUAGUAUUUUGUUAUUUUUUAAUUUUAGAAUUGAAUUGUUAUUGUACCAAGUAAAAUUUUUCUUUUCAACAUGAAAUUUCCCAUCAAGUGGUAUUUAACCCUAGAACACUACCGUGUUUUGAUAUACCUUUGUUACUACCGAUACGUAAAUUUUAAGUAGCAUGUUAAUUUUUGUGUUUUAGGUUAUGUAAAGGUUUAUUUUCAUACCUGUGUAUUGUGUUUGUGUAUAUUCUUGCCUAUGUGCUUACUUAAGGUGAUUAUGCAUGUGUUUAGGCAUGUGUGCGUGUGUUUAAUGCGUGCAUGUGUGAUACAUGGUGUUUUCCUAACCUUAUCUUAAUAUCUACAAUGCCAUAGAAACUCAUCCUUUUCAAAAAGCCUAUAAAUUGUCUACUAACUCCAAGACUUUUAUUUACCAAAAAACAACCUAAAAUAGUAUAAGUUACUUAUUUUACUAUACAUACUUAUACGUAAAAUAUACAUAUUUUUUUAUCAAGCAAUACUACCGCUACAUAAAAUUGAUGCACGGCCUAAAUAAAAAUCAAUAUUGAGAUAAGAAAAAGAACUACGCACACCCUUACACCUCGGAGGACGAACGACCAUUGAUCAGUAGAAGCACUGCCCAAAGCUUAAACCGGAAAGUUGGGGGGAGUGUAGGUGUGACUAUAAACAUGACGCAUAUACGUAAAACUUAUGCACGGUAGUGUUGUAGGGUUAAUAGUAAAAGCUUCAAAAUAUAAUACCAUACCUAAAACGUCUAAACAAUUUUAAAUAGUAUUGUUUAUAUUUUUAUAGGGUGUACUUUGGAAUUUAUUUUAUUUACUUUUCUUUUUUUUCAUUUGUAAUGCCAAAAAACCUUAAAUUGAAAUGUAAAAAUAAAUCCAAUGCCAUAUAAAUGUGUUUUGCAAUGUAAUGAAAAAGAAAAUAUAUACUAUUAAAUAGCCUACUUCAAUUCAAUAAUACAAAUUCUACUUAGGUUUGCAUACUGUGCACAACCAGCAACAUAGUGACUGACAAUAAAGGAAUAUCAACAGCCAGAUCUAGGGUUAAAAGACACUAAGCCAACAAUAACUUAAUAACCCUACAUCUAAAUAUAUUGUAUUCACUUUUAAAGUCUGACAUAAAUACAGGAAGAACAUUUCUUCUUUGAGUUUCAUAAUUAAAAUAGAAAUUAAGUUUACAUUUGAGAUAUGUUUUCUAUUUUAAAGAACACAACUUAGGAGUUCUAAAUACAAUAUAAUAAAUAUCACUCACCCACAAUACAUUUAAAUGAAGCCCUAUAUUUAUACCAAAUACUUCUAUGGUCCUAAAAUGGAUUUUAUUUAAUGGCAAUAUGUGUUGUAUAUAAAUCAAUUUCAAAAGAGUGUUAUAGUGUUAUUGUUACUAUUAGAUAUAUAUUAUAUAGAUAUAUUAUAACAAUUAUAUAUAGGUACAUAAUUAAUUAAUAAGAUUAGUUGAUAAUAUAGUUUUUCAGAUAUUGAUACAAUACAUUAUGUUUGUUUUAACUACAAGUUUACUGGAAUGGAAAAAUAAAAUAUGUA